UCACAGUCCACGAAGUGUUCCUGUCCAGAACGCCAGAUCUCUCUAGGCAGAACUCACCAUGACCCGGAUGACAAAGCUACUUUUCUUACCUGGCAUAUGGCUGCUGCUGCUUCUGGCUGGCACCGAGAGUGCUCCCAAGACGACGACGACGGCGACAGAAGAGCCACCGGAAAAACACCCAAAGGCUCUGGUCCGCGAUGAAGCCACUCUUCCACCAAAGACAACGACGAAAUGGCACGAAAAACCUCUGGUCCGCAAUGAACCCACUCUUCCACCAAAGACAACGACAAAAUGGCAUGAAAAACCUCACGAAAAACUUCAACAGCGACAGAUAACGAACUGCAGCGUCAGCACAGGUCGAAUAGUGGCGUCCUCAGGUGCAGUCGGGAUAGGGUCCAUUGGAGGAAACUACAACGAUAACGAAUAUUGUGUCUGGGAGAUCGAGGUUCCUGAAGGACUUAUCAUUAGGUUCACAUGGGAGUACUUCGAACUAGAGGGUCCAGAGUCUUGGUGCCCUUAUGACUACGUCGAUAUUUCUGAUUAUGCAACUGGAGACAGCUUGACUGGAAGGGUUUGUGGCAGCAGCAUUCCACGGUCUGUCAGGAGCCGCAGUAACACCGUCAGGGUGACCUUCAGCAGCGACAUUUCUGUCACGUUUCAGGGAUUCGGGCUCCGUUUUGAGGCUUCAUCAGAUGUGUAUGAAACAACUGAGACCACAACAACAACUUGGCCACCCCAGACGAGCUGCAGUGUUGACACAGGUAACUGCUGUCUGACCUCCAGGGGAAUCAGCACUGAUUUUUUCACUUGCAUUGUCAACUGUUACACGUCAAUCUUCCGUUAUUAUUUGUCUUGCAAAAUCACGUAUAAUUCCAAGUUCCGUUUGUAACUACAUGCUAAUGCU